GGGAAACUCAAAAGCCGCAGGUCAUAAGAUCGUACAGGUUCACCAAAUUCGUGCACAUUAAUUAAAAUGUUUUCUCAGCGCGUCUUGUUUUAUCUUCUUUCCGUUUGUUUGAAUUUCGCGUUCGGCUUUUAUGAUCCAGAUGAAGUGCUGGAUCUGCCGGGCAUGUCUUUUAAACCCAAUUACCGCCAGUGGUCAGGAUAUCUGAAGGCCAGUCCUGGCAAGUUUUUGCAUUAUUGGUUUGUGACUUCUCAGAGAGACCCGCUCAAGGAUCCAGUCGUGCUGUGGCUGAACGGAGGGCCAGGCUGCAGCUCAUUGGAUGGUUUUCUAUCAGAGAAUGGCCCGUUUCAUGUCAAUGACAAUGGAGCCACCCUGUAUGAGAAUGAAUUUAGCUGGAAUAAAGCUGCCAAUGUUCUGUAUCUUGAGUCACCUGCCGGAGUUGGUUAUUCCUACUCAGACGACCAAAAAUAUAAUACUAAUGACGAUGAGGUGGCAGACAACAACUACCUAGCCUUGCAGAGCUUUUUUGCCAAGUUUCCAAAUUUCACCCAGAAUGAUUUUUUCAUUUUUGGUGAGAGUUAUGGAGGCAUUUACGCACCCACACUCAGUUUGAGAGUUGCUACAGGUGGCCAGCUUAAAGUAAACUUUAAGGGCUUUGCUGUUGGAAACGGCAUUAGUAGCUUUGCGUUGAAUGACCAAUCACUAAUCUACUUUGGUUACUAUCAUGGCCUAUUUGGAGAACAGCUGUGGAAGGAUCUAAAUGACAACUGCUGUCAAAAUGGAGUCUGUAACUUCUACAACAAUUCUAAACAUUCUUGCUCUGUUAUGGUAUCGCAUGCAUUUAAUAUAGUUUAUAACUCUGGGUUAAAUGAAUAUGCACUGUAUCUUGAUUGUGCUGGUGGUGUCAGAUCUCAGAAGACCUAUCAGAAUGCCAUGAUGCACCUCUUUAGAAACUUCAGGAAGCAUUGGGAAGCUAAUAAUUUAGUGGAAAGUACUCCGAGUGUUAAAGCAGUUCCUCCAUGCAUCAAUAGUACUGCUCAAAUGAACUGGCUUAACCGAGGAGACGUGAGGAAGGCACUGCACAUCCCUGAUUUACUACCACCUUGGGACAUCUGCAGUGAUGUAGUGGGGAACCAGUAUGACACAAUCUACCAAACUGUCAAGGAUGUCUAUGAGAAGCUACUGGCUUUGGGUCUGAAAGCUUUGGUCUAUAAUGGAGAUACCGAUAUGGCUUGUAACUUCCUUGGAGACGAGUGGUUUGUUGAACAGCUUGGACAGAAGGCAACUACAGAGUACCAACGCUGGCUGUAUGAUAACCAGAUUGCUGGAUUCUACCAACAAUUCGGCAACAUCACUUUUCUCACUGUCAAGGGAGCUGGUCACAUGGUUCCUCAGUGGGCUCCUGGUCCUUCUCUCCACAUGUUGCAGAGUUUCCUGUCCAAUAAGCCUUACUGAAUUUCCUCCAGAAUAUGUUCUUUCUCAGAGCACCAAAAACUGAGUUUGAGAAGUGCUGCUGUAUGUAUUUUAGACCUAAAGCUGAAACAGACAUUUCUCAGGGGCUGUGGGUGUACUUGUGUUUGAAUGAGCUUUGGAAUUGUGUAAAAUUUUUUAUUUGUUUGAUUAUUUGAGUCUUUUUGAAAGGGAUUUCUCUUGACCACUAGGGGUGGUUUUACAGACUCAUGGUGAUGUUGAUGUUUACGUCUUGUUUCAGAAAUAUCUCUGUAUUUAUAUGUAAAAUAUAGCUUGACAUUUAAAACUUCACAUAAUCUCGGUUUUGUAUGGUACACACACAAUUGAUUAACUUUUUGAAACUAUUGUGGCCUUAUCAUGAUUUAAAAAUUCUCGUUCUGUUUAUGCCCUCACCUGGUUACUGUUAUCUGUUGCAUUGAAUGAAGGAUGGGAUGCUCAUUUGUAAAUUCUGUUAAAUAAAUAUUUUGAAGAAAAUAAAGUGUAUUUAUGUUCAUAAUUUUCUACAUUCCUACACUUGAGCUACUGUAUAUCAUUCAAUCUCCCAAAUCAUAGUGUAAAUGGGUUAAAAAAAAACAAAGCAAAAUUACACCUUUCUGAAUUAAUUCUAAUCUAUAUUUACAUAUGGGCAGUUUACUAAUCCAUAUAAUUACCAAGAUAUUUGGAAUCACUUAAGCAUGACACAAAGACACCAGACUUCAUAAUCAUUGGAUGUUUUAACAAUUGUCUAUUUUCUGACUAAAACAAUUUUAUUAUUUGUUUAUUGUUUUUUACAUUAUAAAUGUUAACAUGCACAACAUUGUGUUUUUUUUU